CAGCCCGGGUACAAAUGGAGCUACAACGUCCCUGUGGCAGAUCAGAUCGCCGUCCAGGCCGAUGACAUCAUCGGCGUCUACAGCAACGCCACGGGCGUCCUUUACGCGUCCGACUGCAAAGGCGCCGUCGAGAAGAUCUCACUCGUGCCGAUCAUCAAUUCCGACUCGGUCACAGACUACCAGAGGAAAGACGUUAGCGGGAAGUACUGCCUGGUGCCGUCAUUUGGCGCCCAAGUUAGUCCUGGUGAGUAG